AUGGUUUGGGUCGUUACUGUCCGCGAGGUCGUCUUCACGGUGUCUGCCAUCACUGCCAUUAUCUCCCAUGCGAUGAGCUCCCUCCUCCUCACCCAUUCGGCGGGUAUUCUCGAUGGUGGUAACAAGCUCUUCGCCACGAUUGGUGUUACUGCCGGCGAGUUGACCAUUCUGUCCCUCCCGCUCAUCCUCACCUUCGACAUGUGCUGGGAGCGCUCGUACACGGCCACGAUCUUGGCCGAGGUUGUCUGGAUGUUCACCAUUGGCGUCCUCUGGGUCAUCACCGGGGUGAAGGCGAUGGGCAUCACCAGCGGUUUCUUCAAGAACUGCACCACUGGUACCGCCGCUUUCGAUUCCUUGUGCCUCGACGCGCAGACUCUCAGCAUCUGGUCCCUCGUCACCGGCGGUCUCCUGCUCGCCUACGGCGCGGCGCUCACGGGCUUCGCCGUGUCCCAGGGUGGCGAUGCGUGGACGAACUGGAAGCUGAAGGUUAAGAGGAAGUAA